CUGGUAGCGCAAGUCACAACAAGCACUUGCUGCAUCGCCUGGUGGUCUACGCGUACUUGCAGCACUUCGUCUUCUCGCUCUCUACGUCUUCAUCGGCAUGGUUCGUCAACAGCGGAAGAAGGCGCGUGCACACGGCGUGGCGGCGCGCUCGAAAGCGUCGUCCAGCCAGCAGCAGGACUCGAAACAGGGUGACGAACUGGGCGCCGCCGCCGUUGCUGCCACCUUCGGCGAAGACAUCGUGCCCGUCGAUGAAGAGGCCGACGAGCCGACGGAUGCGCAGAGUCUGAGCCGUGGCCAGCGCAAGCGCCUCAAGCGCCGCGCCGCCUUCAUGCGCAAGAUGGGUAUCGUGUCGCGUGUGACGCAGGAGCAGGAGAAGCAGGCAAAGACGGCCGAGAACGGCGUGUUCGCCGGUCUGGACGAUCUAGAGAACUCACUGUUCCAGGAGGACGAGAAGAAGAAGACCAAGGCCGGCAAGAAGAAGCCGCUCAGCGGUCGCCAACGUCAGAAGUUGGCGGUGCGCGAGUUGGGCCAGCUUAAGGCCGUGCAGACCCACUCCAGCUUCAAGAACGACCCGUUCGCCGCCAUCCAGGCGCAUCUGCAGAACACCGUUGUACAGGCCAACCACGAGCUGCUGGAGAAGACUAACAAGAAGAACAAGAACGCCAAUAAGAUGGACGUCGAGGCGUAAGAGAAACACUUAAAGUAUACAUGUUUUAACGCAUUAAUGCUGUUUGCUACAAGAGGAGGUCCCUACUCAGUAUUACA